CAAUUCCUUCUCCCUCCAUUAUUGCAACGAAAAAAAUCUGUGAUCUAAAUUAAUCUAAAAUAAUUUGGGAAAGGAAGAAAAUCCCUUUACUCGUUUUUCUGUAUAAAAAUGCAUUCUUGACUCAUUUUCUUGCACAUCCAGUAAAAAAAUAUUCUCCUUAUUGUUAUUUGUUUACCAUCCCAGAUCUACUAAGUAGAUUGGUGUUUCUUGACUGAAGAUUAUGUCGGCCGGGGCGGAUUUGCGUUCUUCAAAUGGUGUUGAGGUAAAGAAUUCCGAUCCCAUUUCCCAGAAUUUGAGCAAUGGCAAUGUGAAGCCGUUCAAGGUUUUCAUAGGCUAUGAUCCGCGUGAAGAUCUUGCUUAUGAGGUCUGCCGCUAUUCUCUGCUGAAAAGAUCUUCAAUCCCAGUUGAGAUUUACCCCAUUAAGCAAUCGGAAUUGCGCCAGAAAGGCGUUUAUUGGCGCGAUAGGGGGAAGUUGGAGAGCACUGAGUUCUCCUUCUCCCGUUUCUUGACCCCGUAUUUGUCGAAUUACGAGGGCUGGGCCAUGUUUGUGGAUUGUGAUUUCUUGUACUUAGAUGAUAUCAAGAAAUUAGUUGAUUUGAUUGAUGAUAAGUACGCAGUAAUGUGCGUGCAGCACAAUUAUGCACCCAAAGAGACGACGAAAAUGGACGGUGCCGUGCAAACUGUGUAUCCUCGCAAGAACUGGUCUUCCAUGGUUUUGUACAAUUGUGGGCACUCCAAGAAUAAGGUUUUAACUCCUGAGAUUGUGAAUAAGGAGACAGGGGCCUUUCUGCAUAGGUUUCAGUGGUUGAAUGAUGAUGAGAUUGGGGAGAUUCCAUUUGUGUGGAAUUUCCUUGUCGGGCAUAAUAGGGUCGUAGAGGGCGAUCAGAACACGUUCCCUAAGGCGAUACAUUAUACGCUUGGAGGGCCGUGGUUUGAGCAGUGGAAGGAUUGUGAGUUUGGAGAUUUGUGGGUGAAAGAGUUGGAGGAGUACCAGAAAUCUGCAGGGAAGAAGGCAGAUUAGGUUGAUCAAUCUUGUCGAAUUUGUUAUUCAUUUCAUACAUAUAUAUAAAUAGAUGUGGUUGGCCCGCCACCAUUUGUCUAAUGACCUUUGUCUAGAUGUUGUUUAGAAGGUGUUGACUGGUGGAGGUGGUGUCUUUGUUAGCUAGCUACAUAUUGUUCCAGGUGUAUUCCGUAUUAGUUUGUAGUAAUCGGAUUGUUUGCUUGUCGUAGUUCAAGUUCUUUAUUUGUUCUAUGGCUAAGCAUUCUUGAGAUCACAUUGUAAUAGUGUAUUCGCAAUGAGUAUUAUUCAGAGGAAGAGAGCAAUAGGGUGUUUGAUGACUUUGUAGUAUGAUAUUCGUAAUGUUUUAAUGGAAAGCACUUCUGUUGAUGAAAUUGAA